AAAGAUAUUGGAUAUUGGAUAUUGGAACCCAAUAUUUGAAUGUAAUACGAAGCUAAAUCAGCAGUCAGGUAUAUUUUAUCGCGCGGCAUUUCUAAUUUAGCGACAUAUUCGGGUCUUGCAAUGUUGGUGCUCCUUCUCUGUCUGUCAUUUUCAAAAAUAGUACAUUCGUCUUACCAUAUCAGAGAUAAUUCUCUCGUUCCUCCAUAUUCAAGCCCUCACUGGGUGCCUUACGGAUCAACAAUUAUUGAGCCUCAGUUUGUCCGCCUAACUUCUGAUGUAAAAAGUAGUCAAGGUGGUAUUUACAAUACAAAACCUUUGAAUGCUCGUGAUUGGGAGGCAGUUAUUUUGUUCCAUGUUCAUAGUGCAAAAACUCUGGUUGGUGAUGGAUUUGCUUUCUGGUAUACUCAACAUCCUCCUUCAAGUGGACCAGCCUUCGGCAGUCGAGAUAAGUUCCGUGGGUUGGCGGUUUUCUUUGAUACGUAUGCUAAUCAAAAUGGUGAGCAUAGUCAUGAGCAUCCUUAUAUCAGUGCAAUGAUUAACGAUGGAUCUAAACAGUAUGACCAUGAUAGGGAUGGUACUUUAACUGAAUUAUCCGGUUGUUCAUCUAAUUUUCGCAAUAAUGAAUACUCGAUGGUCACAAUUCGUUAUGCUAAUGACCAGUUGAAGGUUUCUUUGAAAUAUCAAGGUGCAACAGAUCCUGUAGAUUGUUUCACAGUUGAUGGGGUACAUUUACCUACUGGUUAUUAUAUUGGAGUUUCAGCCGCCACUGGUGACCUUUCAGAUAAUCACGAUAUAUAUUCUAUUCAUACUUAUGAACUGAAUGUUGAUCGAAAAGAUAAUCCGUUCGCUGACUUUUCUAAAAUUGAGCCAUCAGCUGAUCAGGAGGCUGCACCAAGAACUCGAGUUGAUGAUACUCCACCAACAACUUUUGGUCGUGUAUUUAGUCUAUUUUCUUGGUUAUUCAUCCUUGGAUUUCUCGGUGGCAGUGGAUAUAUGGGUUAUAAAUACUAUAAGAAGCGUCAAAGGCAAAUGAAACGAUUCUAUUGAUGGACAGAGUUCCUUUCUAAUUCCUAAAACAAACCAAUAAAAACCAAAUUAUUUUAUUACAAGAUCAUUGUAUAUUUGAAGGUAUUAGAAACUAAAGAGUUGUAACUUCAUCCUAUGUUCUUAUGAAUGUUUAUCAACACAUUUUUUUUUUAUAGAAACUUUUUAAACUGGUUUUUGCUUCUCUCAAUACGUUAAAAAGUUAUUUUAAACAUUUUUGCUAACCUUAUUGAUAUCACACUAGUAUUUUUCCGUACCAUGUAAGCAGUGGUAGUAGUAGUAGUAGUAGUAGUAGGAAAUCAUUUUAUGAAACAAUACAACGGAUCUUAAUAUUUGUUUUAUAACAAGCUAAAUAUAUCGAUUGGGACAUACAACAAGAAAAAUUGGUUCAGAGAAGAGUUCUUUUUCAAAGCUGUACAAUAGCAAAUAUAUAUGUGUUUUCUCUUUCUCCAUGAUAAUAAUUAUUAUUCUUGAUUAACAUGGUAAUAGCGAAGCAAAGUAAUUAAA